CAUGGUUUCUCGUCUCGUCUGUGCAGCGUGAUCAGUCCCAUGAGGUCCGGCAGCACUCACACACCGGUGGCUCCUUUCCUCUUGGACGCCGGAUGUGGCAGCGUUCGCACCAGCAGCAGCUCCGCAGCUGCAGCCGGGCCAGCUGCGGCGCCCUUCUUAAACCGCUUUCCCGUCGUCCAGAUGGUCUCUUUACGAACACUGAAGGCGCGCGACAGUGCUCUGUCGUUUUUCUCCCAUGUGUGGAAGCGGCGACACAGCAAGAGCGGUCUGAGGGACGGCCAACCCUUCAACUACAUCAUCCACGGCAAGCAGCUGCGGUUCCCCGAGUACUCUCUGUUUGUGUUCAGCGACAAGAACAAGUUUCGCUAUUGGUGUGUGUGGCUGACCGAGUUUGUGUGGUUCGAGAGGGCCAUCUUGCUCUGCAUCGUACUUAACUCCAUCUCUCUGGCCUUCUACGGCCACGACCAGAAACAAGAGGUCAAGGCCUUCCUGGACGACUUGGACAUUUUCUUCACGGUGGUGUUCAACCUCGAGAUGGCCGUCAAGAUUGUGAGUCGGGGGUUUGUGUUGGGGCCGGGGGCUUACCUCAAGGACGCCUGGAACUGGCUGGACUUCUUCGUGGUGCUCUCGGCCGACCUCGGAUACGCUCUGCAGAGCGUGCCGGCACUCAAAAAAAUCAAUGUGCUCAGGACAUUCAGGGUGAGACAUGCACGCGGCAGGAAAGAUUUUGUCGUACGCGCGUGUCUGUAUGCGUGUGUCUGUGUGGUUAGGCGUUCCGUCCGUUGAGGUCGCUGAAUGCGCUUCCAGGGAUGAGGAUUAUUGUGGCGACAUUGUUUCAGUCUCUGCCGAAGCUGGGCAAUCUGUUCCUCUUGGCGUGUUUUGUGCUGGGCCUCUUUGCCAUCCUCGGCAUCAACCUCUUCGAACGCACUUACUGGAACAGGCAAGUGGCAUGAAUAUCACACACACACACAGAUAGGCUGUCUUCCUGUGUCUCUCUUGUGUGUGACAAGGAGACACGUAGACAAACAGAUUCCUUCCGUAUGUGUCUGUGUAUUGCGCAGGUGUCGGUUCACCGUCCGGCCAGUGGAUGGCCUGUGGGAGAUCGAUCCGCACCAGCUGGACUUCUUCUGCGGCGCCGCAUACCGCUGCAAAAACCCCGACAAGCGCACCACCUUCUGCCGCAACCUGCUCGACGCCGACUUCGACACACUCUAUAACACCAACUACAGCAGCUACUACUCAGAGCUGUCGGACUCACUUGUGGGCGAAUCGGCAGACUACGGCGUCACUGGUGAGUCAUGGAGACACACAGACACAGAGGGAGACAUAGGCGCUUCAAUGUGGUGUUGUUUUGUGUGUUGGUGUGUGUGAGGGUGCAGGAUUUCAGCACAUGGGUACGGCGUUUCUGACGGUGUUUCAGUGCAUCACGCUGGAGGGAUGGGUCGAGCAAAUGUACAAGUAAGACGACAGACAACCAAACAAGGCAGCAAUCACAUACAGCGACUCCCACACCACCAGCAAACACACGCAGGUUUCAGGACUCCUACAGCAAGUGGUUCGCGUCAGUCUACUUCUCUCUGCUGAUCCUCCUCGGUGCGGUGUUUGUGGUCAACCUCACUUUGGCCGUGUUGUGGGAGCGGUUCGAGGACAACGCGCGCAAGCGUCAGAUGGAGCAGCCGACGAGCGAGGAGGCCAAAGUGAACGACAAGCUGUUCGCGUCGGUGGGGCAUGCCUGGAUGAAGAGCCUGGCGCAGGUCAUCAAGGCCAUCGAUGAGAAGAACCUGCAGAUGAGGUUCAAAUCCUUCUCAUCGGUCGGUCAGCCACCUGCACGCAGACAGAGAGAGACAGACAGAGAGAGGGAUACACAUCGGUUGUGUGAAUGCAGAAGGGCGACGCGAGUAGGAGUCCGUCUGUGCGUGGUGGCAACAGUGGUGAUGGCUACUCGGCCGGCUCCUUCCUCUCUGAGGCCACUGAGGAGCCGCUGAGCACACGAAUUGUCGUGUAAACAGGAAGGCAGCCCUUCAAAUGCAUACAUACGCCACGCUCACCCAUACCAUAAACGUCUGUCUGUUUGUGUUUGUAUGCAUAUGCUAUGCAGUGCAGUCAGGACAUUCUGCUACACGGCAAGCGACACUGAUAUCACCGACGCAAACAAACACGCUUGACUUGUGUGUCUCUGCACGAUGUGUGUCAGAUAUCGACCUCCCCGCUGUUCAUUUUCCUGAUGGUAAUAUGCAUCUUGGCCAACACCAUCAUCCUCGCACUCGACCGAUACGACGACGAUAACCCAAUCUCACCCGCACAACAAACCACUUUCGAGAAUAUGAACCUCGCAUUCACCGUACGUGGGCCGCCACCGUUUCCAGAGGCUGCGAUUUGUCUUUAUGCUAUUGUGUGGUGUGCGCACGUGCAGGUGAUAUUCUCUGUGGAGAUUCUGUUGAAGCUCAUCGGCUUCGGGCGGGGAUUCUUCAGGGACUCAUUUAACAUUUUCGGUCAGUGACUGAGUGGGAGAGAUCCACACAACACCUUUGCAAGUGCCCUUCUCGUCUUUGUCAGAUUCGGUUGUGGUGAUCUUUUCGAUCGUCGAGCUGACGCAGCCUGGCGGUGCGGGUGCGUCGGCAUUCAGGACAUUCAGGCUGCUGCGCAUUCUAAAACUCGCACGCAACUGGACGGUCAGCCAAUCAAUCACAUCACUGAGACAUACUCACAGUAAAGUGGGUCAUUGUGUGAGGGCGCUUGGUCUGUGUGCUGUGCAGUCUCUGCGUAUAUUGCUUGAGGUGCUUGGGAAAGCUGUCGGGGCGAUGAGCAACUUCUGCUUCCUGCUCUUCCUCUUCCUUUACAUAUACACUCUCAUCGGUCAGCCAAGACACGCACACACACGCACAUCAAUCAGUACACUGCUGCAAUCCAUAUGCAGGCAUGACGCUCUUUGCGGGCAAGUUGCCGUCUGGCAAGGGCGAGGAUCGGCGGGAGAACUUCGACAACUUCUUCAACUCUUUCAUCACCGUGUUCAUCGUACUCUCGGGCGAAAACUGGAACGAAGUCAUGAUCAAGGUUAAAACCCACAUGCUGCUUUGUGUGGAAGCAUUUCUUCGUUCGUUUCAUUUGUCUCUCUUUCUGCAGACGAUUCGCCACGUGGGUUACUACAGCCUCAUCUACUUCGUGCUUCUGCUUAUCGUGGGCAACCUCAUCCUGCUCAACCUCUUCCUCGCCAUCCUCCUGGGCUCAUUCACCGACGCCCGCACACAGACAUUCAAGACAUACCUCCUCAACUUCAUCGAACUCUGCCAAAAGAUGGGCGUGACUGCCGAGGACCUCGAGAGCGACAGGGGAGAGGGAGAGUCAUACGCGGAGAGCUCAUUCAGCCCACGAUCGGCCAUCGGUGGGAGCCCGAGUGAGAGAGGUGUUGGCGGUCUGAUGGGCAAGCUGCGGCUGAUGUCGUCCUUCAUGCGGGAGGGGCAGAGGAGGGCACGAGCCAAGACCAUCGCCGGGCCUCCCACACUGGUCUGUCUGCACGGAGUGAAGUGAGAGACCGUCCACCCAUCUGUACAUGUCUCCUCUCUGUCUACAGCACCGGAGCUACUCAGACCUCGAUGUGCGAAAGGAGGAGGACUCGUUCAAGCUCCCGCCAGAAGACCUUCAGUCACCCGAGCCUAUCACAGACAACCACGAAGGGCCCCCUCCACCGUCAGAGACGCCAGUCAGCAUGCCUUCGCCGAUGCUGCCACUGCCCGGGAGGAAGCGCACUGGUCUGACGGAUGGGGCGCCGUCACCCGAACAGCCCAGAGACCACCUGAGAAGGGCGGCAACAGUCAUCAAAUCACCAUGUACGGAUAGACAGAGAAAGAGGUGAUGUGUUGUGGGUGUAGCAAUGCUAAGUGUGGUGUGUGUGUAGCAUCGAAAGUGUCGCGCAGGAAUCUGCACAAGCGGGCUGCCGACGAGAAGUCAUGGCUGAUAGCUCAGCUGCGGGAGAUGAAGCGCCAGGGCAAACUCCCCACACAGCUCCUUCGAAGAACGAUGGGCGCCGACACACUCACACUCGCAGAUACCGGCGAUGAAGCGGCCCUCUCUCGUUCGGCCAGGAGCCUCCCCGUCGGCGAGCCACACCCGCAGAUCGCAUCAUCACAUCGUGUGUCGGAUGACCAGCCGUCGACCGAGACACUGGACAGUCCUGAGGCGGCUGGGGUUCAAGGUGAGGUUGACGAGGGUGAGAGGGAAAGGGAUACAGAGAGGGAAAGGCGGCGGUCUUCGCUCGAGAAGAGGCAGGUCAACUUCGCUCCGCCGACAGACGACAUUGCCGCUGCGGCGAGGCGGGUAAUGGACGAACGAAGGGAGGUCAUGCCUCAGAGAGACGAAAAAGUAUACCCAUGGCUUGCUUGUAUUGAGUGUAUGUCAGUCUUCCCUGCCGUUUGUGGUGAUAGAAGCAGACGACAGCAGCAGACACGUCGACAAAGACAAGGAGACGCCGGCAGCGCUGCCCCCGUCUGACGCGCUGCCAACAGGUAAGAGCCAAAAAACAUCACCCACGAAUCUGCACUCCUUUCUGUUGCCCCAGAUCGCUCAAUGGUGGUCCGAUCGUCAUCCCGCAAAGUGUUGCGGAGACACACGAUCGGCCCGGACGCCUCUAGUCACUCACUCGGCAUGCUCGAGUCAGGUCUCGGCGCGCCUGUGGGUGGUGGCAUCAACCCAUUAAUCACACAAGACAAGAAGAGUGGCGCCUUGCUGACGUGGCAGUCGCACCUGGCUGAGGCGUGGACGGCCGUGCGGCGGACAGUGUCCAAUGUGGCCACCGACGUGGGCAAGGCACUGGCGGGGCGGGACAUCCCGACGGACCCGAGACCUUACCUGCUCAUGAAACAGGUGACGGAACAUUUAAGCGCCAGAAGCUCUUGGUGCGGCAAGUGUGUGUCUUUGUGUCGCUUUCAGCGAAGCAUCGAAGCGGGCGCAAUGGAGUGAGUAACAAAAGCACAGUGUACAUCUCACACAACGCAUCUGCACGACAUGUGUGUCUUGCCACAGGCAGGCCGAGCAGGAAGAGGACCUUCUUCUCUACGGAGGCAAGAAGGGUCAUCAUCAAGCCAUGGUGCUCCCCAGCACCAUAUUCGAGGACUCCCCAAUGGAGCGUGCCGCAGCCAGGGCGUCAGUGGCCCUCAGCAUCGUGCCUGAAGCACCCACCAAACCACCUAUACCAAUACGCAAGAAGAGAGUCAGGACGACGCUAUCACCAGUAGGGCUCGGAGCCGUCGAGAGAUACUGGCGGACAUUUCGACAGGUCUGCCGGGCGAUUGUGACGAACGCCAAGUGAGGAAUACACACACACACACACACACACGGACAGAGAUAGAGAGAGACAGGCAGAGAGGAUGUGUGUGUGUGUGUGUGUGUGCGUGAAUGGCAGGUUUGAUGCGAUAAUCAUGAGUCUGAUCCUCGCCUCGUCAAUUCUCAUGGCGGUUGCGCACCCCGAGAUCGACCCGAACAGCGACUUCGGCCAGGCCGUGUGGCACAUCGAUGUGGUCCUCACCUUCACAUUCGUCGCUGAGAUGCUACUGAAGUGGUUUGCAUUCGGCCUCUUGUUUGAGAGCAGCAACUCAUACUUCCGGUCAGCAUGCAAAUGCAUGUCUCUCUCUCUGUAUGUCGUCUCAUGUGCGGCCGUGCUCCUUUGUUUGCACGUGCAGAGUGGGAUGGAACUGGCUCGAUUUCGUGGUCGUGACGACGUCUCUGCUGACAUUCAUCUUCGGGCAGAUGGAGAGCUCCGGGCAGGACAGUGGCUUCGACACCUCCUCCCUCCUGGCCUUCAGGGCCCUGCGUGUGCUCAAAUCGUUUCGUGCUUUCCGGCCUCUGCGUAUCAUUUCCCGCAGCAGCGGCAUCAAGCUCGUGGUGGACUCGCUGCUCUCCUCCAUCCCAUCGCUGGCCAACGUGUUCAUGAUUUGCUUCCUGAUGUAUCUGAUUUUCGCCAUUUUGGGGGUGAAUCUGUUCAAGGGCGCCUUCUACGCGUGCUACGACGAUGCAGGAAAUGAGGUUGAGGUGGACAGGGCGGCCUGCAAGAGCGACGACUCACUCAACCUGGUGGUGGCGGACUCCAACUUCGACAACGUCUACAGGGCGAUGGUCACACUCUUCCAAGUAGGCCUCUUCCACCCUCUCUUUGCGUGGCUCCAUUCGUGUGUGGUGGGUGCAGGUGAGCACAACGGAAGGAUGGAUCGACACCAUGUACGACGGCGUUGACGCGGCCUCGCCCGGCAAGUAUCCCAAGUCGGACCGCAACAUGCACCGCUCCCCCUGGGCGGCACUGUACUUCGUGGCGUUCAUCGUGGUGGGCAACUUCUUCUCGAUCAAUUUGUUUGUGGGGGUCAUCAUCGACCAGUUCCAGCAGAUGAAGGAGGAGAUGGAGGGCGGGCCAUUCAUGACGGAGAACCAGCGCAAGUGGAAGGAGGUCCAACGGAUGCUCUUCCAACAGAGGAUACUCGAGAAAAAGACACUUCAGUUCCCGAAGAGCAAGUAAGAGGGGAAGAGAGAGAGACUGACGGAUGUACACCUUUCCUCCUGUGUUUCUACGUGUGUGGUCAGCCUGGCUUGGCUGCAGGCCUUUCGCACGCACUUUGCGCCGAUCGUGGCUUCGCGUGGGUUUGAAUUUUCGAUCAUGUUCAUCAUCACCCUCAACACGGCCGUCAUGUGCAUGCGCCACGCCACCAUGAGCAACAGCUUCGCACAAACACUCGAGACCCUCAACAUAGUGAGACACGAGAAGAACAACCAAAGGCACACACAAUAAGAGAGACAUGGCGUGUUCGAUAGUAGGUGUUUGCGGUAAUAUUCAACCUGGAGGCGGCAGUGAAGCUGCUGAUAUUCAGCCGUCUCUACUGGAAGGACCCCUGGAACACCUUCGACUUCAUGAUUGUGGUCGGCACCGAUGUCACGCUGAUCGUCAUCGCCCUCCAAUCUGAAAACAUCCGUCAGCCUGCCACAACCACACAGCACAGCCACACACAGCAGUGCAGUGGAUGGCCAUUUGUCUGCUUGCUCCAUCCAUACACACAUAGGGUCCAAUUUGUCGACGAUGGCCACGAUGCUUCGUGCGUUUCGCAUAGGGAGGGUGCUGCGUCUGAUCCGGCAGGCGGCCGGGCUGCGAGUGCUCUUCCAGACCAUGCUCAAUGUCAUCCCCUCUCUCGGAAACAUCGCAAGUACACAGACGCCCACAGCACAUUGUGUGCGCGUGGAUCGCUUCAUGGGUGUCAUACUGACUGUCAGGUCUUGUGUUUCUGCUGUUCUUCAUUUAUGCUGUCCUGGGUAUGUCUCUCUUCGGCCUGGUCGAGUGGGGCGAACACCUCAACAGAUACGCCAACUUCAGGCGGUUCGGGGACUCUUUGCUGGUCUUAUUGCGCAUCGCCACUGGCAAGGAAGGAAGCUCCCUUUGUCUAUGGAAACACAGACAGAAGAACUGCUCAUAAAUUGAUUGCAAUCUUCAGGUGAAGACUGGCACGAGCUGAUGUACGACUGUGCCAACAACAGCGGCGGCACGUGGCUGGCCUACAUCUACUUCCUGUCCUUCAUGCUCCUCGUGUCCUUUGUUAUGAUGAACUUGUUCAUCGCCGCUGUCCUCGAGGGCUUCAGCGAGACGGUGGCCGAAGACAACCUGGAGAGGAUACGGAACCAGCAUGAACAGUUCAUGAGCAUGUGGAUGGAGCACUCCAAAGGGGAACGGUGCGCACAACACAACACACUUGUGUGUCCACAUCUCUGUCUCUCUCUGCGCGUGCACACGUGUCUCUCUUUGUGAAGGUGGAUCGACAUCUAUGACUUUCUGGUCAUCCUGGACAAGAUUCAGUUCCCUGUGGGGUUCCGCGGCGAGUUCCAGGGCACCAAGGCCGUCAGGUUUAAACGCAUGAUGUCCAUACUCGCUGCCAACCAACUCCCCAUCUACGGAACCAGGUACACACACGAAAACACACUCGUCCCUCUCUCUCUCUGUCUUUCUACAUGGCAUCCUUCCAUCGAGCAGGGUGCAUCUGCAUGACGUCAUCAUCAACGUCGUGCGUCGUGCCUGCACGUACCUCUCCAAGUCCAACCCCUGGAACCCACAGGCAGAGGAGAGCGUCGAGCUGUCGGGAGAGCUAGUCGACGCUUGGAAGAAGCAAUUCCCCGAACUGGACGACUACGAUACCGCCUUUGAUGUGGGGCACCUUCUCGCCGCGAGAUUCAUCCAGAAGCUCUGGGAGAAGAGAAAGGUCGCUUCCGAUGAAUGCGGCGAGACACAAUGGCUCUCGCCAUGGAUCAUUUCUCCUUUUGUUCUUGUCAGAAGCGGAAGACGCUGAUCAGUAUAGUCAACAUGAGCCGCAAUGCCAACAACAGCUCCGGCGGUGGUGGUGGUGGUGGUGGUGGCCCUGACCAUCAACACCCCAAACGGGACCCGCCAGGCCCACCCCCACCCCCUGCUAUUCCCCUUGACACCCAGCCAGCACACGAGAGCUCACAACCAGCGCAACAGGAAACGCCGACGGAGAGCCCUCAGCAGCGUACGGUUGCCCAUCUCUUCCGUUGUGGUGAUGAGGACGACUUGGUUGCAGAUGUGCCCCCAUUGCUGCCGGGGUUGGUUCCGACGGCCGUGUUUAAGGAGACAUCGCCCAGGUCGCCUUCAAGGUCCCCACGGCGGUCGCUGGCGCCACCAGUGGAGUCAGAGCAAUCCGUCACCCCGUCGAGCGGUGAGGCGCCUGCUGACCCUCUCAGCCUCCCACCGCAGCCUGAUGAGAGCGAGGCUGCGGUGGAGAUGGACACUGAAGACAAGAGGGGGCGUGGAUGUGGGCAUUCGACUGGCAGCAGCGGCAACAACCAUUUUGGUGGAGACACGUCACCGCCGGCAGAAGCGUGUGAGCACAUGACGCGGCGGGCCGUUGAAGUGCAGGACUCUACGGGAGGGCCGGCACCCCAAUCUCCUGACCAACAUGACCAACAUGACCAACAUGAAAGCAGCAGCACCAGCCCACGUCUCGUCCAUCACGAGAGAAGAAGGGGAGACACGCCAUCCCCCCGCCAACACCAACACGUCUCUGCCGGUGCGGUCGAUGACAGCCUCGACGUCGAGUCAUUCACCAGCAGCAGUAGCAGGGACGUGCACAGACGGAUGGAGCAGCCGUCACAGGCGUCCUUCCGGCCCUCCGAGCCGUCCAUUGCCGAAGCCGGGCCGGAGGAGAGCCAUGAGCCGCACCCCCAACCCCAUCUGCACGCGCACGAGACACCACCGGAUGAUGUGGUGCAGGUGGAUCAUGGUGGAGGCGAGGAGAGUGAGGAUGGUGGUGGUGGUGCAGGUGGUGGUGGGGAUGAUGCGUAUGCGGACACACUGCUAGACGACACCAUGGAGAGGGUGAUGGGAAUACGGCCCGCUGGCUGACAGACACAAGUGUGUGAGGUUUGUCGGUUUGUUUGCUACACACUUGGGAGGGGAGAUAUGUGCAUAUGGUGGCCGUCUGUGGGGCUUGCUGUGUGUGUCAAUGGGUGUGUGGGUGUACAGUAGGUAGACGAGCAAGCGAAGGAGUGCGUGUAGCAAGCACCGAUCAGUCGGCGCAGCGGCUGAUGCGGUAUGUGCUGUGCCCCGUAGCUAGCCUCCUGCAGACACUGACAGACCGGACCUUAUUUGUCGACCAUCCAUUCGACCAUCGAUCCAUUGCAUUCGAU